AUCUGUAUGAAAUUGACGGUAGGGUAUUUACAGUCUGCGGUUCGUUGAUGCAAAUUCCAGCUCAGAGCACAGCUUUUAAGUGAGUGCAUCGGUCUGAAAAAAAUUAGUUAGUCGGCGCGAGCUAUUGCGGGAGUGUGGACGCCGAUGUCAUGUGAAAAUUGUUAUCGGAAUUGUGCGGCAAUUACAAUACGCUCAAGUUCAGUUAGUUCUUUAGUUAUUUGAUUUAUUGUUUUCCUUUUAUUGAUGGAGUGUGAACAAUUAUUUUUAUUUUGGCGUCACUCUAUGUAGAAAUGACAGCGUAGUUUCUCCCAUCUAUCCACCAAAAUUAUAGUAUGAGCACUUCUACUGUCGUUGUUUUGCUGUUGACAGCCACGACCCUACUAGCGCCUUCUAUAGUCGCUGACAACGAAGAGGAUUUCGCAUUUGAAGUCGCGGAAGAUUUAGAAGUUGAAUUCGAUGGGGACAGACUCGUUAAGUGGAAUGAGAGGGACUUAAUUGCUUAUGUGGGCAGGGCGUUCCAUCUGGCCAUUCCUAAAGAUAGUUUUAAAGGCGUGAAAAGUUUCGAGGCGACAAGACACUCAGGCAAGGGGUUGCCAUCGUGGCUCCUUUUCGACAAAAAAGGAGGUAUAUUUUGGGGUGUACCACUAAGUCAAGAUGUUGGAGUACUCAAGUUGAGUAUAAAACCAAUUGGAGGUAAAUCUAACCAAGAAGAUAUCACAAUCAAAAUUAUAGAACCGACAGAAGAAGCCAGCGGAGCAGAAAAAUGUCAACAAAAUGAAGACAACACAGUUUUAACGUUGCUAUUGGACAAAAACAUAAAGGCUAUUAAGCCAAAGCAAAGAAUUAUUGCUAUUAACAAUAUUGCGAAGUUUUUCGGAUUGCCGUAUAGUGCCUUUACGUUGAAACCUCAGAUAGAAAAGGACGACAUUACUGAUAGUUCGGUAGUACUAGCCGGUCCCGGAAACUUACAAUCAAGAACUUCCAAAGUGACAUCUCUUUUGCAAGUUGCAGUAGGCUGUGAUGGAAGAUUGUGGCUUUCUACAGCCGCAAUGGUUCACCAAUUGAAGCAACAAGCAAGAGAUGGUACUAUUACUGAAGUAUUACGCUUACCUUUGAUCGGCUGGAGAGUAAAGACUGAAACUAAACCAAUCGUGAGAUCUAAAAGGGGUGCUACGUCUGUUAUCGAAGAUGAUUUUGGUAGCGGAGAUUAUAACGAUGAAGAUGAAUACUAUGAUGAUUAUGAAGAUUCCUAUGACGGAGAGGAUCUUGGUGAUAUAGAAAAAUCACCUCCGUCUGCAGCUGCCCCAGUUACACUACCCACUCCUAAAAAGACCACCACUACCUCUACUGCAGCUACUACAGUUUCAAGUGACAGUAGCACCCAUCAACAUAGACAUCACCAUGGAGAAAUUAAUCCCAGUAUCCCUAAUCUUCAUCACCAAACCACUCAUAAAAACUUUAUAGUCGAUGAAAUUGCUCCUGUAACAAUCCCACCUACGGUUUCUCAAGCACCUAUUUCGACUACUUCUACCACUACCAUUAAAUCCGUAGCAUCAAACUCGGGACGAUCAAAAUCUACGAAACCUGACGAUAUUCUCAACUACGAAGACAAUUACGACUACGGAGAGUACGACGAUGAAGACGACGAUAUAGAAGAUCCCGUUGAAAGUGAAACUAUUAUCCCAGACCUAGCUAAGAAGAAGCAAACUUUCGUUCCUACUUUCGAAGAUACCGAGAGCAUCACGACUGAACAAAGCAAUUCGAAAACGACUACCCGAAUUGAAGCAGAGACUGAACCAAUUCUUAUCUCCAGUACAACGCGCAGUACUACUACGACUACUACUAGCACCACUCCGGUUAGUAUUGAAACAACCCCAGAAGCCAUUCCUACCACAGUAUCUACUACAACAACUACAACAACCACAGAAUCUCCGAUAACACCGACGGUUGGUGUAGAUAUCGAUUCAGAGCCUGGUUACACAACUCAAACCGAAAAGUCUUCCUCGACAACUCCAGAACAAACACCUUAUGAAGAAACAACUCGAGUAAUAUCUGCCACUUCUUCAAUUUACUCGCUUCUUCCUACUAAUACAAGUAGCGACACAACUACAACUGUCACUACCACUACCACUACAACAACUUUGACGUCAUCUACAACUCCUGAUACUCCAACGACUCCCGAAGACUCGACCACAACCAUAAAGGAGCAACCUACUACCCAGAGGUUGACAACUAUUAGAGAAGUCACAGAAAUUGAAUAUCACGAAAACUUCGAUCCAUUCAUCGAGAAUAGACUUCAACAAAUGUCUGUGAUUUCCGGAAAAAUAUUUAGAUUUGUGAUACCUAUAAAUACAUUCAAAGAUUUCGAAAAUGAAUACGAUCUGACAUAUCAAUUAUUAGAUUCUAAUAAUAGGACUGUUAAGAAUAACAGUUGGUUGCAUUUUAAUCCUGCAAGAAGAGAACUUUAUGGGCUACCAUUAGAAGAAGAUAUUUCCAAAUGGGUGUUUUGGGUGAAAGCAUUCGAUAAAGACGGUGGAUCAGUUCAGGAAAAAUUAAACAUUCAAGUUCAACAACACAAAUUGGAACUUGUAGUUAAUCACGAAUUCAGCUUACUAAUAAGAAUCGAAAAACAACAAGAAUUUCAACAUUAUGUCGAUUGGUCGUUGAAAGUAUUGAGGGCCCUCGGAAAGAUUUACAAUACCAAUAUGUCUGAAAUAACUGUCCGAAGAAUUAACUAUACAUCGGAACCAGUUGUUUUUACUUGGUCAAACGAUUCAAUUCCAACAAAUUAUUGUCCCAGAACUGAAAUAAUAGGACUUUUCCAGGUUUUAACUGCAAACGAUAGAGGCGAUCCUUCUAGAGAACUGAAUACAGCGCUAUCUCCAGAAUUGAGAGUGAAAAAAGUAUUCUACCGUGAGUUAGGAGUUUGCGAACAGCCAAUCACUCCGGUAACACCACCAAUGAACUUCUCUCCGAUUCUGAGGAAUCCUAUCGAUAAAAUAAAUGCAACAGUUGGGGAAUUGUUAAUCUUUAAAGUUAGAGAUGAUACAUUUUAUGAUCCAGAAGAUGUAGAUCCAAGGAUGCUUAAUAUAUCUUUACUCACCGGAGAUAGACAUAACAUACCCGCUGAUAACUGGUUACAAUUUGAUAACAAAAACCGGGAAUUCUUUGGUAUUCCCAGGAAAUCUGGAAGAAGUGAAUAUCAACUUGUUUGCGUCGAUAGCGGAGGGCUUCCGGCCACUGACAGUUUGGAAGUUGUUGUGUUUCCAGCCCAGAAGAAGGCGUAUAAUGUUGAAUUCAGUAUGAAUAUUACCGAAAUACCGCAUGAGAUAUUCAUUAACAGCGCGUCAUUGCAAAAGAAAUUCGUCGAAAAAUUAAUGCAUCUAUUCAAGGAACAAUCGCCAAGUAACUUCCACAUUCUUCCAUUCAAGAGGUCUUACGAAUCAACCAUUGUGACUUGGUUUAAUAAAUCAUUGCCAAUUAAUCGAUGUCCACAUGAAGAAAUUAGACGAUUAGAAACUGUUCUGCACAACAUGAAUGAUAGAUCGAUCUCUCAAAAGGUUCACUCAGUAAUGGAACCAGAAUUUAGAGUGUCGACUAUCAAAGUCCAUUUAAUUGGUAACUGUAAGUUAAGAUUGAGUCCAGAAUCUCGACCAGAAACUAUUAUCCCUAUUGAGGAAACAACGCCUCAAUCUAGUAGCGACGAAUAUCUCCUUACCUUUAUCAUACCUGCUGUGAUUGUUUCAAUUAUGCUUUUCCUAGCUAUUCUAGCAGCUGUCAUUUUAUAUCGAAGAAAACGUAUGGGAAAAAUGAAUGUCGAAGAGGAUGGAAGACAGAGUUAUGGAAAUAAAGGUAUCCCGGUCAUCUUCCAAGAAGAAUUAGAAGAAAAACCCGAACCUGGUACCAAAGCGCCAGUGAUAUUAAAAGACGAAAAACCACCUUUAGCACCGCCGGAAUACAGUAAAAGCGGAUCCGUCAAAUUGACAGACGAUUCAGAACCCUACCAACCGCCUCCACCCUUCACCCGUACGCAAGACAACGGAAGACAAUCCCGACCAAAGCCUACUCCUACAUAUAGAAAACCACCACCUUAUGUGCCCCCUUAACAAUUACAUUUCACUUUCUUUCAGCAAUAAUUUUUUUUCGUUAAACAGCCAACAGAUAGGGUUGGUCGAUGAAAUUGUAUUCGAAUAAACUUUUGUUUGACCCGGCAAUUGUCAGAUUUUAAGUUUAAUUUUGGGUCGCCAUUUUGAUGCCAAAUUUUCACACCCACAGGAUCCUUUUUUAUAUGUAUCGUAUAGAUUUUCUACUGGAAUAAACUAGUAUUUGAUGUCUUAGUUGCACAAAGAAGUAAUUAGAAAUUUAUGAACACCUACAUCUAAAAAUAUCUCGGAAUAGUAACUAUACAAAAGUGUAUAUUUAAAAUUAAACGAACCAAAAUUUCUGCUCUUUAUUGUAGAAGGUUCACUCUAGUUUUCUAACUGUUGAUAGUAUAAUAUCAAUAAAGUAUACAGGGUGUUUAAUAAGUAACGUAUUUUUUAAUAACGACAAAGAAUUCGAUAAAACAAACAAAUUUUUCUAGUAACUUCUUUUCACACACUCUUUUACAUUUUAAGUACGGAUCUGUUUCGUUUGGAAAUGUUCAUAAUGCUAAAACCGCACGUUUUAUUAAAUGAGUCAUCGAUAGAAAUAUCAAUCAAUUAAGUAAUUUAUUGUUAUAGAGUGAUUUCUCUAUUUUGCAGGUAUUUUAAAUGUUAUAUUAUUACUGUACGGAAAGUAUUGUAGAAAUUCUGCUUCAUCUAGGAUUUAUUUUAAACAUUUUUGUCUGACACAUCAUUGUACGCGUCGUGUAUUUGUGAGAUUCGUUUAAAAGGCACGAGACACUAAAGAAUUAGAGAAAAACGUAGCGAAUGUACAGGAAGGCCCGGAAAUCGUAGAAAUGGUCCCGUUGAAAAAUAAAUUUUUGAUCUCGUUGAAAAUGAUUCAAUGACAAGUACCCAACAAAUUUAUAGUUAGCCACACAACGGUAUGGUGAACGGAUGAAAUGUUUAGAGGGAGACCCGAAAGAAUUUUAAAAGUGAGUAUAAUUUCGAGCAGUUUCUCUGAAGGAAACAGAAACGUACUUCAAAUUUUAAAGAUGAAAAAAGCAAAGGAAAUUUUAUUCCUCACAUUUUAGUACGUCAAAUUUGGUUUAUCUUUCUCCAAAUACGAACAUACCUAUUAAAAAUAAAUACCAACUUUUGAAAAACCCUGUAUAAAAAAUAGCACCAAAUUACAGUGUGCAAAAGCAAUUGUGUUAAAAAUUUCAAUUGUUAAAUUUAAGAUACAGUUGCUUAUUUUUUGCGAGUUAAAUAGUAGUCACACGAAGAUAUUUAAAGGUGAAGACUAACUCAAGUUUUCUAAUCAUAUUUCUGAUUAUUUGGAUGAGAAUUUUUCCGAGAUACAAUUUAUAUUUUGAUUACAUUUUUUGACUCAUAAUAUAAUAUGAAAAUACAGGGAGUCCUUGAAAACAAUGCAUAUUUUUCAUGUACGGACAAAAAGUGUUAAUAUUUUUAAAUAAUUUAAACUUUGUCAAUUAUAUCUACCUUUGGAAAUGCAACGAAAGUUUGUAAGAGCAAGUUACAAGGUCAACAUAAAACAUGAUUUUGAAACAUUUAAUACUCGAAUGAUGUGUGAAGCACACAAGACAUGAAAAAUAAUAAUACUAUCUUUUGUCUCUUUAUUAUUUCAGACUUUGCAACUAAGUAAUUUAUGUGUUUAAAAAAUCUGAUCAAUUAGGUUUGAAAUGUGAGCGUGGGUAUAGCUGUCAUAGCACCUUUAAUAAUAGACCUGGAACGAGAGUAUCAUUAUCAUUUUCAUUACUUCAUUUCGUAAGAGCUGGCUUUUUACUUUGUCUCAUUUUUAAGCAUCGACAUAUAUUACCAUUCUUCUAAUAUUAAAUGGAAAACAAAAUGUUCCAAGUCACUGAAUAAAAGCUGUUAUUGUUUUUUAAACCAGCGUGUUUUACUUUUAAUUUAAGUUAUUCCAGCCGCAUACAUUUUAUUAUUGGUUUUCAAAGUAGGUUAUACCAUCUUUUUUCCUUUGAAAUUCCGUUUAUUACCCAUUCCACACAAAAAUAUACAAAAUACCAUAUUUUUUUCGACACUGUCUCUUCCACCUCUAAACUAUCAUAGCAAGAUACGAAUGAUGAUUGAGAAUAUACGAUACAAUCAUUACAAGCGCAUUGCACCCAGGAUACUUAUUCACUAACUAAUGAGAGUGCUCGCUCCUACACGACUGCUCCAUCUCCAGUGUUGCCAGAUGACCAAAGUCAAAUUGUUGUAGAACGCUGCAGAAUUUUUUUUUAUGAUUUUAUUGUACAAAACUGACCUUAUUAACGUGACGUUAUCGGAGGCUGGUUAAUUUAAGAGUUUAUGGGGUUAGGGUAAUUUAUUGAAUAAACAUAAAAAAAAACAUUAAAAUAUAACACUUAACCUAUUCUUGUGCAGCUAAAGUUUCAAAAAUAAUCUUCUUCUUGUAAUCUUUUCUUAUUUUGAUCUUUUAUUUGUAGGUUUGAAAUUUACACAUUCAUUUUCCAAAGGACCCCUCACUUUCCUUAUGUAAAGUGGCGACCGGUCAAAUUUUUUGAAACUUUGGUAUAUUAUUAUUGUACUUAACCUAGUA